ACUUAUGAAACGGUGACUUAUUUUGUAGUCUCUAUAAAUACAAACCACAAUGCUUCCUCCAAACGACACAUCAUAACUUAUAACAUUCUCUCUCUCUCUUAAAGCCCCUUAAACCUUAUUACCCAACAGAAAAAAAUGCCUGCCGACGGGAAACUCGUUUGCGUCACUGGAGCCGGUGGCUACAUUGCUUCUUGGAUCGUUAAGUUACUCUUGGAGAGAGGCUACACCGUUAGAGGAACCGUGCGCAACCCAGCUGAUCCCAAGAACAACCACCUCAGAGAGCUUGAUGGAGCCAAGGAAAGACUCACUCUUCACAGUGCAGAUCUUCUCGACUACGAAGCUCUAUGUGCCACAAUAGAUGGCUGCGAUGGUGUUUUCCAUACCGCUUCCCCGAUGACCGAUGAUCCCGAGACGAUGUUGGAGCCGGCGGUGAACGGAGCCAAGUUCGUGAUCGACGCAGCGGCUAAAGCCAAGGUGAAGCGUGUGGUGUUCACGUCAUCCAUUGGUGCUGUUUACAUGAACCCUAACCGUGACCCUCAAACCAUAGUCAACGAAGAUUGUUGGAGUGAUCUUGAUUUCUGCAAAAACACAAAGAAUUGGUAUUGCUAUGGGAAGAUGGUGGCGGAACAAUCAGCAUGGGAGACUGCGAAGGCUAAAGGUGUGGACUUGGUGGUGCUAAACCCGGUUCUAGUUCUUGGACCACCGCUCCAGUCGGCGGUCAACGCUAGCCUAGUCCAUAUCCUCAAGUAUCUCACCGGCUCAGCCAAGACCUAUGCUAACCUUACUCAGGUCUACGUGGACGUCCGUGAUGUUGCACUAGGCCAUGUUAUGGUCUAUGAAUCACCCUCUGCCUCUGGCCGUUACAUCCUCGCCGAGACUGCGCUUCACCGCGGUGAGGUUGUUGAGAUUCUUGCUAAAUUCUUCCCGGAGUAUCCGCUUCCCACCAAGUGUUCGGACGAGAAGAAUCCGAGAGCAAAGCCAUACAAGUUCACUACUCAAAAGAUAAAAGGCUUAGGGUUGGAGUUUACACCCAUCAAGCAAUCUCUCUACGAAUCUGUCAAGAGCUUGCAAGAGAAAGGUCAUCUGCCUCUUCCUCAAGAUUCGCAAACAACGUCAUGAUAGAUUCCUAAAACACGAUACCACCAUGCAUGAUCUCUGAUCAUACACCCACAUAAUAAGUUUUAUUCUAAAGUAAUACGUUUGAAUAUGACUAAGUUAUUCGUUUAAUCUUGAAGCAUAUAUAUAUAUAUAUAUUAUUAUACGUAGCUGAAUGCUCUUUUCUUUUUGUAAUUGAGAAUGUCACUCAAAUGUAUGAUGUAUGAUAUGAUUGUGGAAGAAAUGAUUUUAUUAUCUCGUGUUA